CUCCCUCCCCCCCGUGUCGGACAAUCCCAUAAGCCUCUUCUUCUUCUAUGGCAGCCGUCCUGUGAAUCCCCCUUCGAGGAAUUACUUUGUUGACUCACCGCCCGCCAUCGCCAUCGCCAUCGUCGUGAUCCACCAGCAGCUUUCUCCAUAAAUCUGCAGGGACAACGCCGCCCCCCCAACCCUGCGACGCCAACACAACAAAGGAUAUUGAUAUCCCCCCCCCAAGACGCAGCCUCGCGCGAACAAGAAGACUACAAUACACUCUGCUUCGAAGAACCCUCUGUGGCUUUCAGUAGUCAUGGCCCUUCCCACGCAGUUUGCAUACAGAACACUGAAGGAGAUUGGCAUCGUGGAUGCCGCGCCGGUCUAUGUGCCUUUGCCUGGGUUUGAGAAACCGCAAGGCAACUCGCGCUGCUGUGCCUACUCGCCGUGCGGCCGGUACUUUGCCUGGGCUUCCAACGACGGCGUGACGGUCGUCGACUCCUCGGUCGGACACGUCAUCACCAGCCUGCCCAUCCCGAACGUGUAUGAAGUCGGCUUCUCGCCCCGCGGCUCGUACAUCAUUACGUGGGAGAGGCCGUCGAAAGACGAGGCGGGCGAUGCGGUCAAAAACCUCAAGGUCUGGCGCACGGUCGAGGACGUGCCAGCCGGUACCGAGAAGCAGGUCGUGGGAAGAUUCGUCCAGAAGUCCCAGACCGGCUGGAACCUGCAAUACACUUCGGAUGAAAAAUACUGUGCCCGCGUUGUGACCAACGAGGUUCAGUUCUACGAGAGUAGUGCGCUGGGUACGGUCUGGAACAAGCUGCGCGUCGAGGGGGUUGCAGACUUUGCGAUCUCCCCUGGCAACAACAAGUCUGUGGCUGUUUUUAUUCCGGAGCGCAAGGGUCAACCCGCCGCCGUUAAGAUCUUCAACGUCCCUCAGUUUGGCGGCCCGGUGUCCCAGAAGACCUUCUUCAAGGGUGACAAGGUCCAGUUGAAGUGGAACCAACUGGGGACAACCCUGAUCGUCCUUGCGCAGACCGAGGUCGACAAGACCGGCAAGAGUUAUUACGGAGAGACUACACUGUAUGUGCUGAGCGCAAAUGGUGGGUUCGAUUCCCGGAUAACUCUUGAUAAGGAGGGUCCGAUUCACGACGUAUCUUGGUCACCCAACUCGAAGGAGUUUGGAGUGGUCUACGGAUACAUGCCAGCAAAGACGACAAUCUUCAACCAGAGGGCAGUGGCGACGCACAGCUUCCCACUCGGCCCUCGGAAUACUAUCAUCUUCUCCCCGACUGGACGUUUCGUCUUGGUUGCCGGUUUUGGAAACUUAGCGGGCCAGAUGGAUGUUUACGAUCUCGAGAAGGACUACAAGAAGAUAUGUACUAUCGAGGGUGGGAAUCCCAGUGUUUGCGAGUGGAGUCCGGACAGCAAGUACAUCUUGACCGCGACAACCAGCCCUCGUCUACGUGUCGACAACGGAGUCAGGUUGUGGCAUGUUGGAGGUGGCAUCAUGUACAAUCAAGACAUGGUGGAGCUCUAUCAUGUUACUUGGAGGCCUCAGCCUCCAAGUUCCUUCCCGCCGGGCGACCCGUUGCACCCGGUUCCGCCUCCCCACGCAUCAGCGCUGGCGUAUCUGGGAACCGUCAAGACCCCUUCCAAGCCCGCUGGUGCGUACCGACCUCCAGGGGCUCGUGGAACCUCAACGCCACUGCACUUCAAGCGUGAGGAUGAAGGUGGAGCAGCACACAUCGUCAGCAAUGGAACGUCCCUGGUCAACACCAACGGAUUCGGCAGACGACACGUCCCAGGAGCCGAGCCCGUCAACAACCUCCCACCAGGAGCCGCGCCUGCCAACCCACCCGGUGCGGAAGCCGAGGAGAACCUCUCCAAAGCGGCCCUGAAGAACAAGAAGAAGCGCGAAGCAAAGAAAGCCAAAGAAGCAGAAGCUAAGGCCGCCGGCCUGGCCCCCGACGCAGCCGCAGCCGCAGCCGCAGGUAACGACAACCGCAGCCCCGAGCGCCGCGACCAACGCAGCCGCUCGAAAUCCAAAGGCCAGCAAGACCUGCGCAACCCAUCACGGCCCCGCAGCAACACGCAACGCCGGCCCCCGACGCAGAACGGCAACCCCAACCCCAACACGAUCCCCGUCCCCGCCGCCCCCGUCAGCGCCACGCCGGCGCGGCUCCAAGAGCCCCCCGAGCUCUCGGUCACGUCCCCCGGCGGCGGCAGCCCCAACGCCAAGAAGCUCCGCGGCCUGCAGAAGAAGAUCCGCGCCAUCGAGGAUCUGGAGAUGCGCCACGCGGGCGGCGAGAAGCUCGAGGAUACGCAGCUGAAGAAGAUUGCGACCAAGGCGGCGGUGCAGGCGGAGUUGGAGGCGCUGGAGAGAGCAGGCUAGUUUUGUUUGGGAUUGUGGACGAGUUUCGAGUGCUGGGUGCGUGGGUGCGUGGGUGGAUGAGGAGUGGAUGUGGAUGUGUGUGUGUGUGUGAAGGAGAGAAGAAGGAAAGAAAGAAGCUUUUGUUUUGGAUUUCGUCGUAGGGACUGGAUGGAUGGAUGGAUGGUUAUAUGUCCUGUCCUGUCCUCCUGAUAGCAUGGGCAUGGCCUGGCAUGGCGGU